AAGGGUAAAGUUCAGAGGUGACGAUAGUGUUGUCUUUGUGUAAAAGAGUGGAGCUCGAUCUCACAUCACUCUUCCCCGUUCCCGAGUCCUCUUUAAACUCUUCCCCGGGUUUCUUCCCUCCCGAACCUCUCCCCUUCUACCCUUACAACCCCGACCCUUCCCCCAGUUACACUUCAGCGCAGGAUCCAGGUCCAUCGCAAGAAACGUGACCCAGUCUUAGAGGCACAAAUUGUUUGCAGUGAUGGACUCCGGUGUGAUUGAAGGAGGACUCAAUGUCACCCUUACUAUUAGGCUGCUCAUGCAUGGCAAGGAAGUUGGAAGUAUUAUUGGAAAGAAAGGUGAAUCGGUGAAGAAGAUGAGAGAAGAGAGUGGGGCUCGCAUCAACAUCUCUGAGGGAAAUUGUCCUGAAAGGAUCAUUACAUUGGCAGGUCCAACUACGGCCAUAUUUAAAGCCUUCUCAAUGAUUAUUGAAAAGCUGGAAGAGGACAUAAGCAGCUCGAUGACGAACAGCACAGCUACCAGCAAGCCCCCUGUGACUCUACGCAUCGUGGUGCCCGCUAGCCAGUGUGGCUCCCUCAUCGGGAAAGGUGGCUGCAAAAUCAAAGAAAUUCGAGAGUCAACUGGUGCUCAGGUACAAGUGGCAGGAGACAUGCUUCCUAACUCAACAGAGCGUGCCAUCACCAUUGCGGGCACUCCCCAGUCCAUAAUUGAGUGUGUGAAGCAGAUCUGUGUGGUCAUGCUUGAGUCUCCCCCUAAAGGGGUCACCAUCCCCUACAGACCCAAGCCAUCAGGAUCCCCAGUCAUUUUUGCAGGCGGACAGGCAUAUGCCGUACAAGGACAGCACGCGAUUCCACAACCAGAUUCUUCCUCUGCUGCCAUCUCUCCACAGCUCACCAAACUUCACCAACUGGCUAUGCAGCAGACUCCUUUCCCCAUUGCACCAAGUAACCAGGGAUUUGCCGGGAUAGAUGCUUCUGCACAAACCGGCUGCCAGGAGAUGACCAUUCCAAACGAUCUUAUUGGGUGUAUCAUUGGACGCCAGGGAGCCAAGAUCAGUGAGAUCAGGCAAAUGUCAGGCGCUCAGAUCAAGAUUGCAAAUCCAGUGGAUGGAUGCACCAAUCGUCAGGUUACCAUCACAGGCUCACCUGCCAGCAUCAGCCUGGCAGAGUACCUCAUCAACGCAAGGCUUUCCUCAGAGACCACUGGACUGGCAGCCAACUGAUAAGGCAAUGCAUCUGCACUAAAUCUCACUUUUAUAUCAUCGGCUACCACAGAGAAGUCAAUGCAACUACCCUACAUAAGACUUUAUAAAUUAUACCGUCUCUUCUUAUUUUCAAAUCAUACCAUAUCUGCCAUCAGUUUGAUCUGCUGAGAUCAUUAUUUAUUUUCACAUUGCCUUUUUCCCUUUUUGGUUGUAGUCAAGAGAAGCAGACAACUAGGUUCCAAAUUCCCCCUGCCUAAUGACAUCUAAGGUUUUCCCGAUUUGUUAUAAGCCUUUUUUGUUUGUUUUUGAUUUUGUUUUUUUUCUCGAAUUGACCCCGUGACCCUCUUCCUUCUUUGCCGUCACAAAAAAGUAUAGGCAUAGAGAUUUAGGUUUGUACAGUCAGUUAUUUCUUUGAAAAGGAAAAAAAAAAAAUAAAGGUAUCAAAAUAUGAAUAGAGUGACUGUUUUAUUCUCUUUAUAUAAUCCCCUUUUCUCACUCUGUCCUAGUCGGUCUGUCCACACUUAGUUGCUUACAAUAUACACUCCAUUCACACCUUUUGUCACCUAUACAACUAAAGUGCUUGUAAUUGUAACAUGGAUUAUGCUUGUGUCAUUGAGAAUAUGUAGCUCUACGAUCACUGUCACGGUUACAUUUGGUUAUGAUGACAGGUAUUUUGACUCUCAGAUGAAUUUGUCCCGAUUAUUGAAUUUGUCCCAUUUACAUGUCAUUCCUGUUUUCACCCCUCUCUCCUGGUCCUAAAACCAUUUGUGGAUAUUUUGCUGGGAUUGGGAGGUUUUUGGGGUUUGGGUUUUUCGGCUCAAGGGAUCAGAAGCAGAGGGUUCUCCUCGCUUUCUUUUGUAAAGACUGAUAUAUACUGAAAAAAAAAAUGUUGGAAUAUUUGUUUUAAAUGGAGAAAAUAUUUUUUUUAAUCUACCAAAGGGGGGGGGGGGAUCGACUCCUGGACACUGACUGACCUGUCUAUUAAAUGUGAUGAGGCUGAGAAAUUAUAUUUAAGCUCUGGAGCUCCACAAAGAGUCGUGAGUUAAUACUACUUCCCUGCUCUUUGCUUUGCUCAGCUCAGAAAUUAUGUUAUUUUCAAUUUGCAGGACAGAAAAAACAACAACAACAACAAAAAAAAAAAAACCAACAACAACGAUUUGCACGUUUUUUGAGACUGUAGACCUGGGUGCCACAACAUUGUUUAAAAAUUACAGAAAUAAAGAUGUGAAUUGCUCAAA